AUGCCCAAUCCUGUCGCUCCCAAACGUUCUUUCGGUGGUCUAUACGGCUUUAUAUCACCUUUCGUCAAAGAAACAGUAAAAGACUUAGAGCUUACAAAAGAACAGUUACCUUCGAAAAAUGAAGCAAUAGUUCCAAUACUCGUAGAAAAAGCUGCUCUAGAAGCUGAUCAACAUCAACUAAUCAAGAACUCUUCAUACUCCACUGUAACAGAUAGCAGUACUUACGGUGAUUCUCUUGAUUCUCUUGAUUCUCUUUGUGCUGAUUUUUGUGCUCGUGCUGCCCAUCUUCGUCUUCGUCGUGGCUCGCAUUCUUUCUUUGGAUAUGGUGCUGCUGAUGGUACCUCUAUUUCUAAGUCUGCUCUUCGUGAUGGUUAUGAUUAUGAUUGGUAUGAGAAUUGA